CAACUCAUACUUUUCGUACAGAAAAUUAUAAACUUUUUAGAUAACCGCCUUCUACAAAAGAUAGAAAUCAGAGACACAGGUUUUGAAAAAGAGAGCGGGUUGGGGUUUCACUGUUACUUUGUAGGUGAAGCAAUCACACAAUACACAACAAGAAUGGACGUUCCUAAAGAUCAAAUCUCUGCACUUCUCGACCACGGCCUCUACAACUCUGCUCAGAUGCUCGGUUGUUUUCUUAUUUCAUCGUCUUCCAUAAAUGCUGAGACCAGUCCACAUGUCAAGGCUGAAAACUUGGUGCUUCUUGGUGAUGCAUUGUUUCGUGAGAGGGAGUAUCGCAGAGCGAUUCAUACGUACAAGCAAGCGUUGCAACAUUACAAGAUUGUUCCUAAACAAAAUACAAUGACUAGAAAUUCAUUGUCCACAUCAAACAGGUCUUCUUCACCAAAUUCUUUUAAUAUGUCAGGGAUCAACGAAAACGAGGUGAAGUUCAAAGUUGCAUCUUGUCAUUGUGCAUUGAAUGAGAAUCGAGCUGCCCUUGUUGAGAUGGAGGGAAUUCCAAGCAAAGCAAGAAAUUUGCAGAUGAAUCUAAUGAUGGGCAAACUUUAUCGAAAUUCUAGACAUACUCGUGCUGCCUUUGCUUGUUACAAGGAGUGUUUGAGGAAUUGCCCUUACAUCAUUGAGGCUAUUGUAGCCUUGGCCGAACUGGGAGUUGCUGCCAAGGAUAUUAUUUCAUUAUUUCCUCAGACACCAAAUAGAAGCGGAAGACCACCCUUUGAUCAUUUUGACUCAAGUCGUUGGUUGCAACGCUAUGUUGAGGCCCAGUGUUGCAUUGCUUCAAAUGAUUACAAAGGUGGUUUGGAACUCUUCACAGACCUUCUUCAGCGGUUUCCUAAUAACAUACACAUAUUACUAGAAAUAGCAAAGGUUGAAGCCAUUAUUGGCAAAAAUGAUGAAGCCAUUUUGAAUUUUGAGAAGGUUCGAUCCAUUGAUCCAUACAUCGUCACUUACAUGGAUGAGUAUGCAAUGCUUCUAAAGAUAAAGUCUGAUCAUUCAAAAUUAAACAAGUUAGUGCAUGAUUUGCUGAGUAUUGAUCCUACGAGGCCUGAAGUUUUUGUGGCUUUAUCUGUUUUGUGGGAGAGGAAAGAUGAGGGAGGGGCAUUGUCUUAUGCUGAGAAGAGCAUUCGAAUUGAUGAGAGGCACAUACCAGGUUAUAUAAUGAAGGGCAAUUUGUUCUUGUCACUGAAUCGGCCAGAAGCAGCUGUAGUUGCCUUCAGGGGAGCUCAAGAAUUAAGACCUGAUCUUCGUUCCUAUCAAGGUUUGGUACGUUCGUAUUUGGCACUUUCGAAAAUUAAAGAGGCUUUGCAUGCCGCGAGGGAGGCAAUGAAGGCCAUGCCCCAGUCAGCGAAGGCUCUAAAACUGGUUGGGGAUGUACAUGCUAGUCACUCCGGAGGAAGAGAGAAGGCAAAAAAGUUCUAUGAGUCAGCCCUCAGGCUGGAACCUGGUUAUCUUGGAGCUGCAUUAGCAUUGGCUGAGCUCCAUGUCAUCGAGGGCCGCAAUGCAGAUGCCGUAUCCCUUCUCGAGAGAUAUCUCAAAGACUGGGCCGAUGACUCUCUUCAUGUUAAGCUGGCUCAAGUAUUUGCUGCUACAAAUAUGCUGCAAGACGCCUUGUCACAUUAUCAGGCUGCACUAAGGAUAAACCCACAAAAUGAAGCUGCAAAAAAAGGAUUGGAGCGAUUGGAGAAACAAAUGAAGGGAGUGGAUCCAGAUGCCCCUGAAGAAGACGAAGAGAAUGAGGUUGAUGAUGCUGAUGGAGACCAGGAAGAGACUGAGCUCUUGUGAUGGUUGGAUAACGUAAGGUUUUCCAAUUCUUGUUUGUUGUGAAUCAUGCCAUGAUUGCAACCAGGCUGGAGAUUGCCAUGCCACUGAAGUGGCGCCUCUAAAGUGGAUUGCAUUUUAUAGAGCCUGAAAUAGAAUGAGGCCUCAAGUUACGUUGCUCGGAAUAAAGCCAGUACAUGCAUCGUAGCCCUUAGGUAACAGAUAUGCUUCUUUUCUUUUGAUGAGAAUCGAGAAGGAUUGGAGCAAUAAGUUUCUUGGCUGCACCAUUAGCAUUGAGUAUGCAACUUCAAUGGUACAAGAUAAAAUUAAUCAUCUUGUGACUAUCAUAAUUCAAAGGAUCAAGUGCAGGGCUUACUCAGUGUUGUAGUUUUGUGUGAUGCAGUAUCAGAGAGUUUCCUGAAUUGUAUCUAAAUUGUGAUUAGAAAUUUAAAUUGCAAAAGGAGCAUAAUGUUCUUCAAUAUUGCGAAUUUUAUCC